AUGCGUCGUUGUAGUGCCUUUUUCUCAUUCUCUUUUCUCUUUUUUUUCCCGUUACGGUAUCCUGAACACACCGAUCUUGUGAGCAACGAAGUGAAGAUCAACAAAGAAAAAGAUGAAAAUGAUGCAGAAGAAGGGGGUGCCACAUCCGGGUGUGAACGAUUUAGAACUUACUGGGUUUAUGGUUCAGCCUUUUCACGUGCUUGUCGGAACCGGGGUGUUCGUUCUCAGCGUCAUUCUGCUCCACUUCUACAGCAAGCUUGGCGCUUCAAAGGUGUAGGAGCCGAGACAGGCCACAGAGUUAGUGGCACUGAAGGAACCUGA